AUGCAAUUUUACCCAGUCUUAGCCUGUGUCACAAUAUUUUUGUCCGUCUUGACUCACGCUCAGACGCAGACUCUUCCGCUAUGUGCUGAAAAAUGCUUAAACGAGACAAUCCCCCAAUCAGCCUGUGCCCCGACCAACCAAACCUGCAUCUGUACAAAUGCAGAUCUUAAAGGAAAUAUCUCUAGUUGCGUGACGGCGAACUGCAGUGUCAAAGAUGGUCUUACUGCGGUCAAUGUCACGGAUACAGAAUGCGGAGUACCGGUUCGAGACGACACCGCCCCGAGCAUCAUACUUCCAAGUAUUGGCUUUAUAGUCCUUCUUUUCAUUGCUUUGAGGAUAUUCACGCGCCUAGCGCUCACAAAAUUGGAGUUGGGCUGGGAUGACUGGACAACCCUACUUCUUGGGUGUGUUAUGGUGGCAGCUAAUGUCGGUUCCAUCGAGCUCGGCAAAGCUGGCCUGGGAAAGGAUAUCUGGACACUCGAAUUUGCGAAUAUCAAGAAAAUUCUCUACAUCUUCUAUAUCCAAGAACUCCUCUACGUCACCUGCAUUGUUCUCACCAAAAUCAGCUUCCUCCUGUUCUAUACACGUAUCUUCCCUUCCUUACAAAUGCGUUUGGUCAUAAAAAUCUCUGGCAUUGUGACUCUUUGCUACUACCUUGCUUUCAUGUUCGCCUUCUCUUUUCAAUGCUCUCCGGUUAGUUUCAAUUGGGAGGGAUGGGAUGGAGAGCAUCAAGGAACAUGCGUGGAGAAGAACACAUUGGUCAUUGUUGCUGGAGCGAUCAACGUCAUACUCGAUGCAUGGGUAAUAGCUCUACCGAUUCCUGCAUUGAUCAACCUCCAAGCUUCAAUCUCGAUGAAAUUGCAAAUUAUUUCUAUGUUCUCUGUGGGCUUCUUGGUCACUGGCGUAAGCAUCUACCGCAUUGUGAUGCUAAAGAUAUUUUCUACAAGCACCAAUCCAACAUGGGACAACGCCGCGGGCGGCUACUGGUCCAUUGUUGAAAUCGAUGUUGGAGUUUUCAUAUGCUGCAUGCCGGCCUUGCGAUCAUUACUUGGCCGUCUCCUCCCAGGCGUUUUUGGAUCGACGAAAGGCGUAAGCAGUGCUGGCCAACCCUCUAGCCAAAGGAAGUUUAGGGGGACAUCAGGUAACCACGCAAACACGAGCUUUGUACAGCUGAUCGAAAUAGACAAUAGAAAAGAUAAGAAAAGUGCUGGUGAUGAUUGUUGA